UUGGGCGAAACACUUUCAGCGGAUCGGACGCAGUUCUAUAAUCAGCAAAUACGUUUCGGCAGUGUUUGAUUUUUUUCUUGUCUGAAUUUGCAAAGUCUGUUCCAGUUUAUGCGGAAUUGGGCACGAUGAAACCGUUGCUGUCUAUCACAUAUUUGAUAGGUUCAAUUUGGACCGUUACCAUAUUGCUUAUUGGAGUGCAAGGCCGAGCUAAUUAUAAUUUACUACCCAAGGAUUGCGGGCAAACGGUACAUGAUAGAAUAUCGCGUGGAAAUGUGACUCUUGUGUAUCAGUAUCCCUGGAUGGCGAUUAUACGGUACACCGAAAAGGAAAACAUCGCUGAUCGUUGUGCUGGAUCUCUGAUCAACGACCGAUACGUCCUAACGGCAGCACACUGCAUUAGAUCUAAAAGACUGCAUAGUGUAGUUCUUGGAGAGCAUACCAAGAAGCAGGACUUAGAUUGCAACAAUUAUUACGAUUUAAAUGGAGCGCUUGUUGAGAGGGAUUGUGCUGAACCUGUUGAAGAAUAUGGCAUUGAAUCGUUUGAAUAUCAUCAGGAUUACAACCGCCCUAAGUAUAGCAACGACAUAGGGCUGCUACGGUUGAACCGCCGUGUAAUUAUGAAAGACCAUAUCCAACCGAUCUGCUUGCCUGUUACGUCCGAGCUUCAAAGUAUGACCGUCAAUAAGUACAUCGUAACCGGUUGGGGAACGACGGAGGAUGACACCGCCUCGGAUGCACUGCUCGAAGCCGUUCUGCCAGGAGUAAGUAAUCAAGCUUGUCAGAAGAUAUACGAGCGAUACAGGCUCAACAUUCUGCUAGACAGCAAGCAGAUAUGUGCUGGAGGUGAAAAUAGGGUCGAUUCGUGCAGAGGAGAUUCCGGUGGACCGUUAGGCUUCAUUGCCAAUCAUGAAGAAGGAACUCGAUUCGUACAGUUCGGCAUAGUCUCCGUCGGGACAGGAUCCUGUGGGCAAAGUAGCAUACCCGGGGUAUACAGCCGCGUGGCUAGCUACAUGGAUUGGAUAUUGGACAAGAUGCAGCCCAGCUAUUGAUGAGGAUAAUUUGGGUUUAUUUUUCGAUGGAUUCAGGAAACAGGACUUUCAAUGCUUGUAUUAUUCGGAUAUUAUAGUGCUACAAUCGUGUUCAUUUUUGUUUUGUAGCUGUGUAACGUAAAUAAAAUAUGCACUUACUAAAAUUUUC